UCUAAAUGCCAUAAGCCUUUGAUAUAAAAUUGUUUAUUGACGUGAGGUUCUUCCUGGCGUAAGGACCACAGCAGGAUUCCUUUGAGAAACCGGAUAUGGCGAGUUUUACGAAAAUAAAGGGGCAAAACAAAUGGGAAUAGCCCACGAAGAAAUGAAGACUUGAAAAGUGGGACAUUCAUCACCAUAAAAAGUACAGAAGGGCUGCAACAAUGCAGAACUUGAAAGGAAGACUGAUAAUAUCCUGAAGCUGUGAUUGAAAUGUUUGCUGCUGCUCUGGCAAGGAUUACCAGAAACAUAAAAGCAACAGUAACUGUGAGGUUUGCUUAUACUCAGCUUUACAGUACAGUUGGAAAUAACUCAGUCAACAGAACCAGUGGGGUUCGGGUGCUGUAUGAUGGAGAGUGUCCAAUCUGUGUGAAGGAAAUCAAGUGUCUGCAGUAUCUGCAGCAGCGUCAACAGGGCAAAGUGGAGUUCAUUGAUAUCUCCCAGAAGGACUACGAUGGAAUGAAGUAUGGGGGAAUCACUUAUGAGGUGGCAAUGGAGCAAAUGCAUGUGAUUGAUGAAAAAGAUAAGGUUCACUGUGGGGUUCCAGCUUUUAAGGUGAUGUACACUGCAGUGGGUCUUGCCUGGCUGGCUCACUUCAUUUCCCUGCCAGGAAUCAGGUCUCUCAUGGACAAAGCUUAUUCUGUAUUUGCCAAAAACAGGCUGAAGUGGACUGGGAGGGAAAGCUGUUCUAAAGGAACUUGUGCAAAAAAACAAUGACACCCAGACCACAACCAGACACUAUUCAGAGCUCGUAUUGAACAGUGAGCUGUGAUAAGUAAGGGCCAGCUUAAGGGAGGCACCUACAUUAGUAACUGCUCUUCCAGAGACUUCGCAUACUUAAAGGACCUUAUAAAAACUACAGAACGUAAACCUGAGAGGAGUAGAAAAGAGCAGUAAAGUUUUUCUGUCUCACGGAGCUAUCACAUUUACUUUUAGGUAAACUUUUUAGUGUACAGUUGUAUGCAAAACUUCGAGCACCCCUGGCCAAAUUACAUGUUUUAUUGAUUUUCUAAGUAAAAGGAAGUU